AUGGCCGCCAUCAUGGCUGAGGAGGGUCAGGUGGAGGAAGCUGCGCCAACACGGAGGUUCAGCAAAGCAUCAUUGUUCCGGAAGCUGAGGGAGCAUCUGAACUCUCGACCCAAAGUCCCCAUGGCUUCUCCCGGCUGCAGCGGCCUCGAGGUUCUCCUCUCCACUCUGGAGAAUGCUGGAGACAUCGAGAACGUUCUCAAGGUUCUGGAUGAGCUUCUCUCUGCAGGUACAGAUCGACGUAUUCACUACAUGAUCUCUAAAGGAGGAAGUGAAGCUCUUCUCUCGGCCCUGGUGAAAACGGCUCAGCGCUCGACUUCAGACUUCACACUGCUGCUUCCCACGCUGCACCUCCUCGCUAAGGUGGGACACAGAGACCGUAUGAUCGGAGUGAAAGCGGAGGAAGCCAACGCCGUGUUACUGACACUCAGACUUUUACAGCAAAACUCGGAAAAUGACAGAAGAGCGGCGGCGUGUCUGUGGGUCAUCACCACCUUCUGCUCCUCCGUUUCCACGGCCACACUGUUAGGAGAAAAUCGAGCUCUGGAUGUUGUGUUUAAACUGAUAACACCACCUGCAGAAAAACACACUCGCACAGUCAAGGCCGCCGUCGAUGCCUUCGCUGCUCUGUUAUCCUCUAAGGAGAAUGUCUGCCUGGCUGUGGGUAAAGGGUUCGUCUCGCGCCUGGUGAGAGUUUAUGAAGACUGGCACACACGUGACUCGGGGAACGAGCGCGUCCCGGUGCGCAGGGCGUUCCUCCGCUGCCUGCACAGGGCCGCCAAAUCCAGCGCCGGGAGGCACGCCCUCAUGUCUGAGGGCGGAGUCGCUGUGCUGUAUAACACCACACAGGCGUGUUUGUCGAUGAAGGACUCGGAGUCUCUGGUGGAAAGUGCGGUUCAGCUCAUGAGGAAAUGUCUCCCGAAACUUCCUCUUCCUUUACGUUCGGAUCACAGCACCUUCCACUUCCUGCUUCCUGGAAGCCCAGAGGAGGCCUUGGAGUCCGGGGCCAAUGAUGAAAACAAUGAAGAUGACAGCGAUGAUGAGCAAGAAAAUGAAGAGCCCGAAAACCACGACUACGAGGAUGACUUGGAGACAGAUGUGAGUAAGUUGAAGUCUCAGCCGGAUCCGGAUCGCCCAAAGGAGCAGCUGGCUCAGUACACACACUUCUGCCCUGAACUCCAUCACAACUUCCAGGAUCUGGACUCGGGUUCAGAGAGAGACGCGAGCUCAGACGAUGACGUCAAAGUCCAGGACGGCAAAAAACCUGAAACAUACUUUGACGAGCACCUGUCUUUAACUUCGCCUGAAGAGAAGCAGGAAGAGGCGGAUCUAAAGGCCAGAGAUUUCCAUAAUCACUUCCUGAACUGCUCAGAAAAUCAACCGGAAGCUCGUAACAGCAUGUUGGACAGACUCCUGCAGAAGUUUGGUGCUUCCAUCCCUCAUCACGAUCCACGGCUUUACAGCUGCACGGCUACGCGCACCAAAUCCAUCGCUGCGUUCUCUAUUUUAGCUUUUCCGGAUUUCUGGGGUCAUCUUCCUCCGGCCGGGCCCGAGCGCAUGGCUAACAGGAAACCAAACAUCCAAAGAAAGAAAGUUUUCGAAGACAUCCUGCGCCUCCUCUGUCCUGAUGACAUCAUCAACCAAGUCGUUUUUGAUGUCGACGACCCCGGUCCUCACUGUUCCAAUAAGGCAGCAGGAGAACCUCUACGUUUCUUCUCCAAGUUUGAGAGCGGGAACUUAAGAAAAGCUCUUCACAUUCGCAGAUAUGAGUAUGAUUUGAUCCUGAACGCCGACGUGAACUCGUCCACUCAUCACCAGUGGUUUUAUUUCGAGGUCAGUGGAAUGGCAGCCAACGUUCCGUACCGCUUCAAUAUCAUCAACUGUGAGAAAAGCAACAGUCAGUUUAACUACGGCAUGCAGCCCGUGAUGUAUUCAGUAAAAGAGGCACUUGAGGGAAGACCUCAGUGGGUUCGAACUGGAAAUGAAAUUUGCUACUACAGGAACAACUUCCAGUCAAGUGAAGGUCACAGAGGUCACUGCUUUUACACUUUGACCUUCACCGUCACCUUUAGACACGAGGACGACGUUUGUUACCUGGCCUACCAUUACCCAUACACCUUCUCUGCACUGCAGUCUCACCUCCACAUGCUGCAGCGUUCCGUCGACCCGCAGAAGGUUUUCUUCAGACAGCAGGCGCUUUGUAACACACUCGGGGGGAACGCCUGUCCUCUCAUCACCAUCACGGCCACGCCCACCUCUCCCAACUUUAGACACCUGCACCAGCUCAGAAACAGGCCGUGUGUGUUCCUGACGGCGAGGGUGCACCCCGGUGAGAGUAAUGCCAGCUGGGUGAUGAAGGGAACGCUGGAGUUCCUCUGCAGUGACGACGCCGUGGCCGAGAGCCUGAGAGAGGCCUUCAUCUUCAAAAUCAUCCCCAUGCUGAACCCUGACGGGGUCAUACACGGCAACCACCGUUGCUCUCUCAGUGCUGAUGAUCUGAACCGUCAGUGGCUGAAGCCGAGUCCCGUCCUCAGUCCCACCAUCUAUCACACUAAAGGACUGCUGUAUUACCUCUGCAGCAUCGGCAAAACCCCGCUGGUCUUCUGUGAUUAUCACGGUCACUCGAGGAAGAAGAACGUGUUUCUGUACGGUUGCAGUGUGAAGGAGACGCUGUGGCAGUCCGGCUCUCCUGUUAACACCAGUUCACUUAAAGAGGAUCCCGGAUACAGAACAAUUGCUAAAACUCUGGACCGGAUCGCUCCAGCGUUCUCCUUUAACAGCUGUAACUUUUUGGUGGAGAAGUCACGGGCGUCGACGGCUCGCGUGGUGGUCUGGAGGGAGAUGGGCGUCUUACGCAGCUACACCAUGGAGAGCACCUACAACGGCUGCGAUCAGGGCAUCUACAAGGACCUACAGACAGGGACGCGUGAGUUAGAGGAGAUGGGGAUGAAGUUUUGUCAGAGUCUCGUCACGCUCAGGAAAAACUCCAUCAACUACAGCAGCCGUCUGAUCGGCCACGCGGCCGCCAUCCUGGACCUGGACAACGGCCUGAUGGACCACAAAUCCCACAACUGCUUCGAGGACGAUGAGCCUCCAUGUGUGGAGAACAUCGAGUAUUCGUCCUACAAGGAGAACUACAGCGCCACCGAGCUGGACGACGAGGUCGAUGCAAACACCUCCAGCGAGGACGAGGAUGAGGACGAGGACACGAAAACCCAGAACAGGAAGUCGUCCCUCUUUCCUCACGCCUGCCAUCAGGAUUCAUUCAAAACUUUGAGUCUCAAGAGCAGCAAAAGCAUCGACAUCAACAACACCUACAUGAGCUAGACCAUGAUGAGUUUAAUGAGAGUCAGUAAAACUGUACGUUAUUAACACAAGAGCUUGAACAAGAGCAGCGUGACUUCUGUAGAUUAAAGCAAGAACUAAAUAUUGGCAGCUAACAAACAACUACAGUAUACUAUUGGUGUUAUGCGUCUAAAUAGAAGAUUAGUAGCACGUUCCUCAUUAAACGCUAUCAGACUUUAGAACACGCACGCUGCUUUCUUAAAAAAGUCGCCAUUUUCUGGUAAACAGGUAGCAACAAGCUAUUUGUAAACGUACAGCAGAACUAUGCAAACAAUGCUUUAGACUCAUUUUAACAAAAGCAAGUGAUGUAAAAAGUUAAAACGCACACAAGCAAAACAUUAAUCUUAUUUAAAAAGUGGAGCUAGAGAAUAACUUCCCCACUUUCCGAGUGGGAAUUCCAAGCUACUGUACGUGUCAGACGGAAAAUCCGAGUUGUACCUUAGACGUGCACUAUCGAUGAAAAAAAAAAAAACAUUUUCAUCAAUUAGAAUUAUUUGAAUAUUUAAAUGCACUCACAUGAGCCCCAUGAGCCUGUAAUAGAAGUGAUCAAUGAUCAGUGGUUUUAUAUCCCGUGUAAAAGUCAUUUAUCUCAUUUAGAUAGUCUAGUUAGAUCUCACCAACCUAGGGUUAAAUUUUGCCCAUUUUUUCCGUCAUUAACAUUAAUUAAUGCACUUUGGUACAAGUGAUGGAAAAAUCAAUUGGAAAAAAAAUACAAUUUCACCCUGAACACCUGACAAUUCUAAGUAGAAAGUGAUUAUGAAAUUAUUUUACCCCUUUUUUCUGCACUAAUUGCAGUGACCUUUAAACAGCUGUAAAUGCUGUCACACGCUUAAAAAAUCCUACAAGCUACAGGAGCUCGAACUGAACAUCUGGAGGAACAGGUGAAAAUGAUGCACAGAAUUAAACUAAAAUAAUAAAAUCCCAGAAUGAUGCUCUGCAAUCCCUCCACAUACUAAAAAAGCAUACACAAAAUACUGAAUAUACUGUAUAUUUAUUAUAUUUCCGAGCCAUUACAACAAGCUUUAUAUUAUAUUAACAACAAAACAGAGCUGCUUCAAACAACUAAAUUUUAUGAACAAACGUUUAUUACAAAAAACCCCUGAAAUUACACAACACCAGCACUUAUGGAGUUAAAACGUUAGCUAUAGAUCCUUUGAGUUCUGUUCGGGUCUCAGGCCAUGUCCAAACGUAGCCGGGUAUUUUUAAAAACGGAGAUUUUUAUACUUUAUUUUUAAAAAAUUAUUCUGUCCACAAGACCUGCGUUUUAAAAUGUCUUUGUCCACAUGAUGAAAACGCAAAACGCCCUGUUAAGUGUUAUCAGGAGCGUCCCUAAUCAACAGGGGCCCGAUCAGAAGACUAGACAAAAUGUCAUCACCGGUUGCGCUCUGUAGAAGUCCAAAGUAGUUCUUUGUAGAGGUACUGUUUUAAAAAAAAUGAAAAUAAAACAGUCUGAUUAUA